GCUAUUACAUUGGUUUUAGCCUCUCACUCCUAUAGUGGAGAAGCUGAACCCAUAACCAUGAUGAAAAACAAGAACAACAAGAAUGAAAUCAAAAUACUGAAUUUUGAUGCUGGUUCUUCUGCAAAAGUGAACACCAAGAAGAAAUGGUAUCCCAUCGAUUUAAAUGUAGAGGCUCCUCCUUCUCCUGAUUAUUCUCAGGAUUGUGGUGAUGGUGGCGACGUGGCAAUGGGAGGAGUUGGUGAUGUUGAAGUUGAAGAAGGUGUGAAUGUGGUUAACUCUGAAAUUCUGAAGGCUAAGAAAGGUAAGAUGCCGAUGAUUUGUUCGGAAGUUGGAGAUGCAGCUGUUGUGGUUGAAGGAGUGAAUGAUGAAAUGAUGCUUCGCCGCCAGGAUGAUGUUGCUAAUGGAUCUCGUCUUCAAAGGAAGAGGAAGAGAGAUUUUUCUGAAUACUAUAUCCCACCUGGUAGCAGGUUGUGCCGUGGACCAAAAGCAGUGAUAAGAGUUGAAAGCAGUUAUGAUUACGUGGAAGAUGGUUAUCGGUGGCGUAAGUAUGGAAAGAAGGCAAUCAAAGGAAGUCCAAACCCUAGGGGAUAUUUCAGGUGCGCUACACAAGGAUGCAAUGUGAGAAAACAAGUGGAAAGGGACAUUCGCAAUCCAAGAUUUGUUAUCUCUACCUAUGAAGGAAAACACAAGCAUCCCGUUCCCACCUCUAAAUUCAAAUUCACCAACUCAACCAUUGCUGCUCUUUCAAUUCCAAUCAAGACUACUUCAACUGCCACUAACAAUAUCCCAAUAUUCCCACCCCAACAACCAUCGCCAAUGCCAUUUUCUCUUCAUCAUCGCUAUUCCAAUUCACAUGCCACCCCCAUCACUAAUAACUAUCUUUGGCGCCCCAAUUAUUAUAAUUUCUUCAAUCAUGCUAAUAAUACCACCAGGCCCCAUACUUCUGGACUCAAUUUCCAUCAUCCUUAUGCUCUUGCUGCUCCUGCUGCUCCUACUGCUCCUACUCAUCAUCGACCUAUUAUUGGUGGAUCGGUUAAUCGUGGAUUUCCACCGCUUGAUCGUGCUCCAGAUUUUCUCCAGCUGGGUGGCUACGGUGUCAAGGCUGCACCCGCUGCUCAACUUCCUCUCAAUUAAUCAUAUACAUAUUUUCUCCUUUCUAAAAUAUAAGAUUAAGUUCCAUAGCAAAAAUUGAUGUAUUUAGACUAUAUUUUAAACUAAAUGCAUUGAUCUUUUGUUAAUUAAACUUUUUCUUAUAUUUAAGAUCGGAUGGAGUAGAGGAUACAAAAUUAAGUUAUCCUUUUAUUUACCUGCUUUAAUUACACAGCAAUGGAAACAAUUCCAUUGGUUUUAAGUUUGUUUUUAUUUCAAUUAAGGUACUUUGAACUGUAUCAAUACUUUCAAUUA